AUGGAGGCCCCCCUGGAUGUGCCCGUAGGAAACCUCAUCGACUUCGAUGCCUGCAUCCCCUCAGAGCCCCCUCCCCCCGCUGUCCCCAGCGGCAACGGGCACCUGGGGGACACGGGGGACGUGGCCGGGGAGGAGAGCGAUGCCACCGAGUCAGCAGACAGCGAGAAUGACAUGGGGGGCUCCCCCGGGCACUGGGGGGGCUACCGGCGCUCCUCCUCCAACGAGUCCUUCUCCUCUGGCCAGAGCACCGAGUCGGCCCGGGACGAGGGGCUGGGUGAGCGCCGGGAGUUCAUCCGGAGCUACGUGGAGAAGAUCUUCAGCGGGGGAGAGGAUUUGGACCAAGAAGAGAAGGCCAGGUUUGGAGAGCUCUGCAGCGGCGAGAACGGGAAGGGCAGGGAGUGGUUUGCCCGAUACGUGAGCGCCCAGCGCUGCAACUCCCGGUGUGUGUCGGAGCAGACCUUCUACCGCCUGAUGCAGUCCUUCGCCCUCGUGCUCUUUGAGUGCCACCAGAUGGAUGACUUCAGCCCUGCCAAGAACCUCAUGACCAUGUGUUUCACCUACUACUACAUGGGCAAGACCCACGCUCUGCCCUUGGAGGCCAAGGAGAAGCCCAUGGGCAGCAUUGACUCCUACCUGAAGUCAGCAAACAGCUGGUUGGCAGAGAAGAAGGACAUUGCAGAGAGGCUGCUGAAAAACACGUCGGCCAGAACGGAGAACGUCAAGGGCUUCUUCGGGGGCCUGGAGACCAAACUGAAGGGUCCAACCACCAAAAAGAGCGACGAAGGUGAGGACAAACCAAAGGAGAGGCUGAAGAAGAUGGUUUCUGUGCAGAGCCCAGAGGAGGAGAAGAAAGGAGAGAAGAUCUACCUGUACAUGCACCUCAAGCAGCAGCCGAUCUGGCACAACCUGAGGUUCUGGAACGCUGCCUUCUUCGACGCCGUGCACUGCGAGCGCAGGAAGAGGUCCCCCACCACCAGAGGGAACGCUGGGGAGGAAGAGGAGAAGAGGGAGAAGUGGUGCCACAUGACACAGGAGGAGCGUGACGACAGCCUGCGCUUCAACGAGAACAUCACCUUCGGGCAGCUGGGCACCUUCAUUCACAACAUGCUGGCGUUUGGCCUGAACAAGAAGCUCUGCAGUGACUUCCUGAAGAAGCAGGCGACCAUUGGCAAUCUGGAUGAAGAGCAAUACAAGCUCCUCAGCGACCACAUCGAGCAGAUGGCCACUGAGUAG